AUGACCACUGAGAUUGUUGAAGUCCAUAAUUUGAGAUUUCUAUUGGAAGUAAACUUUUAUGGCGAAGAAAGUGAAGACUUUGGUGGUCCUCGCAAGGAAUUUUUUCGUCUUGCCGAGGAGGCGAUCAAGACACGUCUUUGUGAGGAAGCUGACAACCUGAAGCUGGACGACCUACACGUAGCAUCUAAAACAUUUUACGUUGCCGGGAUUGUCCUAGGUUUGAGUGCGAUUCAGGGUGGACCCUGCUCCCCUAUCGUGGCAUACGUCACGAGUCCACAUGACAGAGAAGCUCAUGACACAGAACUGUUGGAAAGGAAACCGACAUUUCGUCAUCUCUUUGCCCGAGUGAGACAGGAUCUCACCGUGCAGCAGUUGUUGACUCUUCUUGAAGCUGAAUUUUCUGAAGCUGGUUAUUCAAAAAGAUUAAACGAAGAGAGGACAUACCGCAUGUUUGUCAAAUAUGUCCGUAAUGUUGCCGCAGGGAGGCAGCCUGGGAUCAGCCUCGGUAAGAUCCUGUCAUUUGUUACGGGUUCGGAGGAGGUGCCUAUCCUGGGGGUUUCCAUUUCCCCGACUUUAUCUUUCGUGGAACUACCAGGAGGAUUUCCUACUGCUACCACCUGUACUAAUUACCUGAAUCUACCGUUGAACCUGGUGGAAGGUGACAUGUUUGAAAAACUUUCCAUGGCGUUCAUGUCGCAGUACUUUGGUAUGCGAUAGGACCGUUGUUAUGAUGGCACUGCGUCCGUCAUCCGUUCUCCGUCCGUCACCUUAGUCAUGAUAUUCGGUCAGUAGCUUCUUGAGGUGGCACCGGGCAAAGCUUGCGAAAUAAUGAUCUUGACCUACUUUCAAGGUCACAGUGGUCAAAUAUGUGAAAAAACUCGC